GAUUCGGUGAACUACUCUCUUCCCUCUCUCUCUCUCCAAUCACAUUGGGGGGAAGUUGGUUUUCUCCAAAUGGUACUGUUCAUGGGUGCAGUUCGUCUUGCUCCUUCACCGUCACCUCUGUUUAGUUUUGCACAGUCAAGGCUCCGGUUCUCACUCUCCAAAUACUCUCUCUCAGUUUCAAGAUAUGGGUCUUCCAAAUUGAGCCGAAUUCUUCAGGCUCGUCUUCAAUCACAAUCUGCAGAUGCGAUACCUGAGGUAAAAAUACAGUCAGAACAACCUGAAAUCAUAUUUUUGGGGACAGGAACUAGUGAAGGAAUUCCACGUGUGAGUUGCCUUACCAAUCUUGAAAAGACAUGCCCGGUAUGUUCAAAAGCUGUAGAAGUGGGCGAUAAGAAUAGGAGACUCAACACAAGCAUCCUUAUUCGUCAUCCUAGGACCUCUGGGAGUUGUAAUAUUCUUAUAGACGCUGGCAAGUUCUUCUACCAUAGUGCACUGCGAUGGUUCCCUACUUAUGGGAUAAGAACAAUCGAUGCGGUUAUUAUUACGCAUUCUCAUGCUGAUGCAAUUGGAGGUUUGGAUGAUCUUCGUGAUUGGACGAACAAUGUCCAGCCCCAUAUUCCAAUUUAUGUAGCACGUCGUGAUUUUGAGGUGAUGAAGAAAACUCAUUAUUACUUAGUGGAUACCAGCGUUGUAACACCUGGUGCUGCAGUCUCAGAGUUGGAAUUUGACAUCAUACAUGAAGAGCCUUUCCUUGUGCAUGGUCUAAAGUUUACUCCUUUACCAGUCUGGCAUGGCCGUGAUUAUCGUUCCCUUGGUUUUCGCUUCGGUAAUAUCUGUUACAUUAGUGAUGUGAGCGACAUACCUGAAGAAACUUAUCCAAUUCUGAGGAACUGUGAUAUUCUUAUCAUGGAUGCCUUGAGGCCAGAUCGAUCUUCUUCAACACAUUUUGGACUUCCUCGGGCUCUGCAGGAAGUCCGUAAAAUCCAACCGAAAAGAACACUUUUCACUGGUAUGAUGCAUCUGAUGGAUCAUGAGAAAGUAAAUGGAGAACUCAUAAAAUUGAUGGAUACCGAGGGUCUUGAUGUGCAACUGAGCUAUGAUGGACUCCGCGUGCCCAUUACAUUAUAGCCGUCAUUAUAUCUUUUGUUCAAUUUGGUCAUUCUUUCUCAAUAGAAACAUUUACUUGCAAACUUUUAGAUUUCAGAUUUGUACAAUCUUGUUUAAUGUGAGGUUUCUUCAAGACUGUAUUACUGUUACCUAUACUAUUCUUUUGCCUUGUUUAUUUACGAGGUAAAGGCGCUGAUUAAUUAAAAUUUAUUGUUCAUGCA